CUUUGUGUCUUCUUCUAGUAACUGAGUUUUUUCUCGGAUAUCAUUCACCCCCAGGUUGGGAAUUCGCUAUACGCUCUAUCUAUAACGAGGUUGGAGUUGUUGCGAAUGAGCAAACUAUAACUAUUCUUGUUUGCAUCCUUCCAGUAAUUUUUGAUACAUGUUUUAAAUAUUGGCUUUUCCGUUAUUUAACUAGUCUGUCUCCGUCAAUUUUACUGAUUUAUGAUUCAAUAACUGAAUGAUAAAGGAUCCAUUGAUAUUAAUCUAAUCCAAUUAGAAUGCUUGGUACUUUGUAGUUGUACAUAAGCAAAGUAUUGAAAAUCAUAUUUACUCUUCCUAUUUCUAACCAUCGGGAAGAUUCAUCCUAGAUUAUUCCAGCAAAUAGCAGAAUCGUGGCUAGGGAACUAUACUAGCGACCUACCCAAUUUAUUGUAGAAAUUUUCGCGAUCAAUGAUUGGACCAUGCAAACUAGAAAUGCUUUUUCUUGGCUAAAGAAACAGAUUACUCGAUCUAUUUCCGUAUCGCUCAUGAUAUAUAUCUUAACUCGGACGUCCAUUUCAAGUGCAUAUCCCAUUUUUGCACAGCAGGGUUAUGAAAAUCCACGAGAAGCGACUGGGCGUAUUGUAUGUGCCAAUUGCCAUUUAGCUAAUAAGCCCGUGGAAAUUGAGGUUCCACAAGCGGUACUUCCUGAUACUGUAUUUGAAGCAGUUGUUCGAAUUCCUUAUGAUAUGCAACUGAAACAGGUUCUUGCUAAUGGUAAAAAAGGGGGGUUGAACGUCGGGGCUGUUCUUAUUUUACCGGAGGGGUUUGAAUUAGCCCCUCCCGAUCGUAUUUCUCCUGAGAUGAAAGAAAAGAUUGGCAAUUUGUCUUUUCAGAGCUAUCGCCCCAAUAAAACAAAUAUUCUUGUGGUAGGCCCUGUCCCUGGUAAAAAAUAUAGUGAAAUAACCUUCCCUAUUCUUUCCCCGGACCCUGCUACUAAGAAGGAUGUUCACUUCUUAAAAUAUCCUAUAUACGUAGGCGGGAACAGGGGAAGGGGUCAGAUUUAUCCCGACGGCAACAAGAGUAACAAUACAGUUUAUAAUGCUACAGCAGCAGGUAUAGUAAGCAAAAUCAUACGAAAAGAAAAAGGGGGGUAUGAGAUAACCAUAACGGAUGCGUCAGAGGGACGUCAAGUGGUUGAUAUUAUCCCUCCCGGACCAGAACUUCUUGUUUCCGAGGGCGAAUCUAUCAAAUUUGAUCAACCAUUAACGAGUAAUCCUAAUGUAGGCGGAUUUGGUCAGGGAGAUGCAGAAAUAGUACUUCAAGAUCCAUUACGUGUCCAAGGACUUUUGUUCUUCUUGGCAUCUGUUAUUUUGGCACAAAUCUUUUUGGUUCUUAAAAAGAAACAGUUCGAGAAGGUUCAAUUGGCCGAAAUGAAUUUCUAGAUUCGCAGAUUUAUCGAUAUCAAGUACGUAAAAAGAACCAAAUUCUUGUUGGCGAUUAUUUAUGAUCAAAAAAAUGAAUUAUGAAACUCCUUUGUCUUAUUUAUACUCUUCUUCAAAAUCUACAUUACAUACUCUUUUUCUACGAGAUGCUGGGAAUCCCUUGUACCACAUAGUAUGUAGAUUUUGAAGAAGAGUAUUUGGCUUUCAUUUAUUUUGAUUUAGUUUUUUUUAAUUGGAGUAGUGUAACUAUGUUACUAUUGCCAGAUUUCACUGCCAUAAAACGUAUCAAUAGUUUUCUAUUCUAAAUAGAAAGAAAGUCAAAUUUGUCUAAAUACUAGACAUAAGGAAGCGGGGGAUAAAUGCGGGGAAGAAAAAAUUCUAGCAGGGAUUAUUUGUCUUCCUAGUCUUCGACACAAG